UUUAUCAUUUCUAUAGGUUUGUACUGUCUGAUAACAGUUAAAUAUCUCGCAAUGGAAAGUUAGUAGUUGAAAAAGUGAGGCUUUUCACACACCAAGGCAAGUAAAGAAAGGCAAGGCUUUGAGAAAGGAGUAUAUAGCAUGUAUUAUGUAUGGUUGCCAUGUACCUACUUUUUACUGCAAGGAACUCUAGCUGUUUACAAUUGUGAUUACGAUCCGCCUCCAAACUGCCCAUGUGACCCAUGCAAACCCUGCCCCGAGAACCUAAUGGAGAUGCAGCUCUGUUAUUUCCUGGAUACAGCCGAAUGCGGCAUGCCAGCAGCUCUUAAUUUACUCACCUUUCCAUGUGAUAAGCCUGGCAAAGUCCGCAACAAGAAACAUCAGUUCCACGAAAGAUGGUGCAAGGCCCAUGAAAAUACACUAUUUGGCCCCCACCCUAUAUGUAAAUCUUCUCAUACAAGAUCUCGAAAGAAAACGAAUAAAGUUGGAAAGUGUCCCCAAGGGGAGAAUACCAGCAAAUUGAGGAUUGACGUCAUGACCGGAUUCUACAAAGAAACAAAGAACAUUCGAAAAGAAACUUUACCCCAGCGCGAUGCUGUGCCAACAGGAUGGUGGGCACAAUUGAACGAAGGCAGGAAUACAGGCUAAACCACAAUGGUGUCAGUCCUUUUCAGCUCUGUCAACCUAUUUGUUCUGGACUUACUAAUAUUGAAAAGACGCCAACUCGAAUUGCAGUUCAUCAAUUAAUACCUGGUGUUUAGCCUUGCCCAAGUCUGUAUUA